UCCGAUCUGAUCGCAACUUGUGGCGAUCACUGUUAUUUGCGUUUUCGAAAUCGACUACUGAACUAAUCGAUUCGUACCACCGGUGUGCGAUGUUUUUUCUCUGAGCCUCGAAAUUUCGAUGAGGUUCGCUGUAUCAACACUUUUAAAUUUUGAUAUGUCAUUUGUGUUGUGAAUUUAGCUGGUGAAGACGGAAGUAUCGUCGCCUCGGGAUUCCAUCUGGUUCGACCCGACAUCCGAGCCGACGUCGACCCCAAAACUGUCGACCGAAAUAUGGUCCUCCACUGGACAGCGCCCGAUAAUGCUUCGUUAUAGAUAUUGGACGCGAGUCUCAGUCAGUGUCAACGUUCUAAGUCCCUUUGUGCUUGAUUUCGUGGCAACAUUGAAGGACGGAGUGGGCAAGUACUCGGUAAAAAUUAAUGACCUGGAAGUUCGGUACACGCCUUGCGAAAAGCCUAGCCCACAGAGUAAAAGAGUCGAUGAUAGCCCACAGAGUAAAGGAGUCGAUGAUGAGGCAAAGAAGCGGAAACUCGGUUGGCACAAACGGUGCUUUUCCGAGCCAUUGGGAUCGAUUUCUCGGUCAUGGUCAUCUCUCAGCAGAUCGUCGAGAAUCUCAUCACCCAAGCCAUCGACUUAAACCACCGGCUCAGAGCGCCCGGUCGAUUUCGUAUCGAUAUUUACGAUAUAACUAUAAGAAAAUUUAAUGUAAUCUAAAAUAAUAUAGCACUAAAGCACGAGACCCGGGGGAAAAAAGCUAAUGAAGUAGUUGAAAUAGUCACUUUGCUUCUUCUUCUCGCCCAAAUUCUCGGGUUUUUUCAAUCGAAGAAAAGAAACCGGAGUAGAUUACGAUACUCUUACGAUAUAUCGAUGAACACCCGAAAGAUCGCGUCCUCGUCAUUUGUUUACUGGAGUACUGUGUGACCAACUUGUAACUUAUUCCUUACGGUUUUUGUAUCAUUGGAACGAUUAAAUAGAUCGAAGGAUAAAGAGCGAACUUUUAUGUUGAACAAUAA